CAUCAUCGCGCCAAGCUGUAUUUCCGGUUGUUUGUAGAGACGCGGGAUAGAAGCCAGCUACAAGUUUGGAUAGAUAACAGGGGUAAAGUAGGUAGAUGUGUAAAGACGCGCCAUUUCCAAUUUUGUAACGGAAUCCAUAAAGGAAGAAUUUUAGAGACGGUCAGAGUAUUAUGCGAAGAUUGAGUAUGAAGAGCAAGCGUAGGAAGUCUGAAACGAUGAGUGAUAAUAGUUCAGAGGAAAAUGGCGUCUCGCGUACAACUACAGCCGAUGAGAACGACGAAAUGAAGAAAGGAAAGGAGGGCGAGAUCGCGGAUACACCACGCAAAACUGCUGCAAAAAAGCGGCAAUCCCGUAGUCGACAUAGUCUAAAAGCAGCAAACGAGGAUACCGCUAUGAAACCCGACGAGGAUACUGAACCCAUGGACUCCGAAGAAGAAAAUAAGAAUGCCGGGAAGGGUGGUACGGGCAAAAGAUUUAAAAAAGAAGAUCAAAAAGCAUCUACUUCGAUAAAACAGCAAGGAAACGAAGAAAAGGAAUAUGAGGUAGAAAAAAUUGUUGGUCAACGUACUAUCAAAGGCAGGCGUCAGUUUUUGGUUCGCUGGAAAGGUUAUAGCGAAGAUUCUGACACAUGGGAGCAGGAAAAAGAUUUGAAUUGUCCACAAUUAAUUGAAGAGUUCUUGAUCGAAGAUUCAGAAAAUGAUGAAGAGAAAUCUAAAAAGAAUGACAAUGCUCUAAAGUCUAUAAAAAAUAAAAUUCCGAAAAUGGACAAAAAGCCUAAAAGACCUAAAAGCAGUCCAAAAAAACAAAUUGAAAAUGACAAGGAAAUAAUAGCAUCGGAGGAAGCAAGAAAUGAAAAAGACGAUCAGAAAGAAUUUGAGGUAGAAAAGAUAAUAGAAGUACAUUUUAAGAAAAACAAAACAAGAGAAUUCUUAAUUCGUUGGAAAGGAUUUACUUCAGCUGACGAUACAUGGGAACCUGAAGAAAACUUAAAUUGUUCGGAACUCAUUGAGAAAUUUAUGCAAAAAGUUGAAAAAGCAAAAACUUCUGAUGUACGUGAGCUUAGAGCAAAUCGCCCUCACACAAAAAGAUACACGCUUACUACGCAUGAUGCAGGAAGACGACUAUCUCGUAGAAAUAUGGAUAAACAAAGAGCUACGUAUCAUGAAUGUGACGAAUAAAUGGUUGCAAGUCAUCAAAACCCUAAAAUCCAUAUAUAUGUAUAUAACAUUAUUUGUAAUGUUAUAAAAAAGAAAACAUCUUCAAAAAUUUAUAUCUAAGUGACAUUCUCUGUAAUGCAAUCUUAAACUAAGGAAAGCAAUUACAGAGUAGUCUAUGUGUCUUACAUUCAUAUAUUUCUUUAUUUGUAAUACUUUUAUAAAAAUAUCUAUUUUAAAGUAUAGAAUUUAUUUCUCUUUGUCCAGUUUGUAAUAAUUUUCAAAAUACAUUAUGAAUUCUUAACUUUACAACUUAAUGUUGUAUUUUAAUAUAUCUUCUAUAUACGUUUUUUUAAAUUUGUCUUUUUUCCCCCCCCUUCAGUUAAGUACAUCAGUAACUAAGAAACUAUUCAAGCAUCAUCAUAAAAUUUAUACUAAAACAUGAAGAAUUACAAAACCUGAUACUAAGUAACACUUUUUAACUAAAUACGUUUACAUGCAUUAGAAAUUAAUCAGAUUUUAACACGUUUACUGUUAUAUGGAGCAUAUAUACCCUGUAUCGUAUUUCAUUCCAUACAAGUUAUGUUUCAUUGAACUUUCAUUAUAUAUUAAGACAAUAUCUCCAAAAAAUGUUUUAUUAUUCUCAUUAAAACUUCCAGAAUAUAAUUGAAAAAAAUCCAUGGAUUUAUUUGCCCUAUUUUUCUGGAUAUGAAAGUCUAAUACAGAGUGUAAUUGAUUCAUAUUGCAAAAUAUUAAAUUGCACAAAGAAAAGUCUGAACAGUGAACGUGAUAAAACAGAUACUUUACUUGUAUACAGUAUGUUACUUCGAUUUAUUUGAACAAAAUUUGUUUAAUUAUUACCUAAUAAUUAGGCUAAGAAAUAUAAUGUGAGUAAUUUGUAAUUUGUGAAAAACCCAUAAAAGAUUUACCUUUGUUGCAACACUUAUGUUGCAAACCGAACAUAUGUAAUACUAGAAUAAUUAUAAACAAAUUAUAUAGUGAUUGUAAGUUCAAUGUUCUUACGAGUCGUAAUUGGUCAUGUAAAAAUAUUUAGUAUUAAUUUUAUUAAGUUCAAUAUACUAUAAUAAAAAUGUUUUAGAUAGUAAGUUUAAUACGUUCACGCCAGCCUUUUAUUUCGUAUAUUUUCCACCUGUCGGCGUAGCACAAGUGAUUUAAUGAUAAAUGUUAAUAUCAUUAUAUACAAAUUUAUGAGCGUUCUUGUGCUGUUAAUUUUAUUUGUUGAAUAUGUGCGAAUACUGAAUAAAUUGCAGCUUAACUCAUUGAUGAGUUAAGUCGGCGUGACGUGCUAACUAUUUUGAUAAACCAGUUUUAUGAGGUAAUGACAGUGUAAUUGAAAAAAAUAAGAAAUAAUGUUCAAAUGUAAGGUAAGAUCGUGUAAAUGGAACAUCUAAAUAUCCCAAUUACUUAUUGAUACGUGAAAAGACUAUUUAGAAAAAACUGUUUAAAGUGACAGUGUUGGGAACAAAUU